CCGCCGCCGCCAUCACCACCAGCACCACCUACACUACGUCUGCCAUCAUCAGCACCGCCACCACGGCCACAGCCCCCGGCAGCUCCAUCACGUCCGCCAUCAGAGGCACCACAACCGCCACCGACACCACCUAGGAGGCCACAGGAGCCAUCGACUUUUUCUACGGUUUCAACUGCUGAACCGCCACGGCGAUCACUGCCAGCAGCACAGCCACGUCUGCCAUCAGCAGCACCAGCGCCGCCGCGGCCGCCGCCACAGCCCCCGGCAGCUCCAUCACGUCUGCCAUCAGCGGCACCACCACCUCCCCCAGCGCCAGCAAGACCAUCACCAGUAGCACCACCACCACCUCCACCGAGUAAACUGCGCGGAUUGGAUUCAUCAAAAAGACCACCGGCUCUAACAAAAGGACUCGAAAAGCAGGGGAAACAGGGAGAGCCUUCAGCUUCGCCUGGUCAGGUGAAACUGAAGCCUCUUCACUGGGAGAAGUUUGACGCCAAUGUCGAUCACUCCAUGGUUUGGGACAAGGUCGGCGAUGGUUCUUUCAGGUUCGAUGAUGAUCUUAUGGAAGAUCUGUUUGGGUUCGUUCCAGGCAAUCAGAACUCCGCUCGAGAAAAAGGGACCUCCUCGGGUUCGACUUCUACUGCCAAAUCCGUCUCGAACCCAUCCUCAAAAAUUUUCAUACUGGACUCUCGCAAGUCGCAGAACAUUGCGAUUGUGCUCAAAACCCUGGGAGUUUCCCGCGACGAGAUCCUCUAUGCGGUCACAGAAGAUCAAGGCCUAAGCAUCGAAGUCCUCGAGAAGCUCAACAAGGUAGCGCCAACGAAAGAAGAACAGUCUCAGAUCCUUCAAUUCGACGGAGACACCGCCAGACUUGCGGAUGCAGAGUCCUACCUGUACCACCUCCUCAAGUCAGUUCCAUCGGCAUUUGCUCGCUUUAACGCCAUGCUUUUCAGAUCGAACUUCAAGUCGGACAUCCUCCACCUGAAGGGAUCUAUCCGGACUCUGGAACUCGCAUGCGAGGAGCUUCGUACCCGCGGACUCUUCGUAAAACUUCUAGAAGCGAUCCUCAAAGCCGGAAACCGAAUGAAUGCAGGAACUUCCAGAGGCAACGCGCAAGCAUUCAACCUCAAUGCACUGAGAAAGCUGUCGGACGUCAAAAGCACCAACGGCAAAACCACAUUGCUUCACUUUGUAGUGGACCAAGUUGUGCGGUCCGAGGGGAAGCAGUGUGUUCUCAAUCGGAAUUAUAGCUUGAGCCGAACGAGCAGUCGUGGAAGCACCAGCUCAAGCACAGAUUCAGAGAAUUCGAAGCCCAAAGACGAAAGAGAGAACGAAUACAUCAUGCUGGGAUUGCCAAUAGUAGGAGGACUCAGCGCCGAGUUCUCUAACGUGAAGAAAGCAGCGAUGAUAGACUACGACAGCUUCGCCUCCUCUUGCGCGGAACUAGCACGCGGUAUCAUGGAGAUCCGGCAAGUUGCGGAUCUAUGUGCAAGUGACGGCAGUGGAUUAGGCAAGGAGCUGGGGAGAUUCAUUGAAUCGGCGGAAGAAGAAUUGAGCUCUUUGAGGGAAGAGCAGAGGAAAGCGAUGGAGCUCGUGAAGAGGACGACCGAGUAUUAUCAAUCGGGAGCAUCUGCACGAAAUGGAGAGAAACCGCUUCACUUGUUCACCGUGGUCAAAGAUUUUCUACGGAUGGUCGAUCAGGUGUGCGUCGAAAUCACUCGGAACUUGCAGAGGAGGAAGACCGCCAUGGCAAGCUCUGCACUGCCGCCGUCGACAUCGCCAAAGUCACCGGCAAAGUCUCCCGCAAGGUUUCCAGACUUGUCGUCGCAUUUCUUGCAGAAGAAGUUUAAGAGAAGCACUUCCAGCGACUCUGAUGCGGAGUUCUAAAGAACCUCAACGACAACGAAUUGAUUGCUGUACAUAGUUCUCAUUCACCAUAUUGAUGAAUUGACCAAAGCGAUUUUCACCCAUCCAAGAUAGACAUCAGAUUCUUUCGUAAAUCAUCAAUGUACAUCGCCCUUUUUGUGAUUGUCAACUACUAGAAUCAUAUCUUCUUUCAUUGAAUACCAAAGAUUCUUUCAUUCGGUCUCA